AGAAUCUUCGAUCUAAACGAGUUCAAAAAGUGGCGCUUGGCUGUUACCAGGGUUGUCCGCUGGAGGCCGCCCGGUGUCGUCUUUAGUGUCACUGUGUAGCUCAUGCUCCACCCUCCGUAACAGGCAGUCAGCAGGUAGAGACGGUCAAUGAAAGCCCAGGGGAGGGAGACUACGAGAGGCAGGCUUCGGGACUUCGCUUAAUGUACAGUGUCUUUUUCCAACUUUUCAAUGUUUUUUUAAUGAAGAUCAAUAACAGUGUUUUAACGACUUGCGUUCCUUCGAUUCUACAUUUUUUCUACAUUUUCAGUAUCUUCAGUAAAUUACUGGAGUUUAGCGUAUAUAUCUUUUUUCGGCAACCGCGGGAAGUAUUUCGUUUCAGAAUUGUUAUACAUUUCAGACGUGGUACUCGGGAAAAGAGACAACUUUUUGGAAGGUGGCAGGAAGAAAACUGAUUUUAGAUGCGUAACAACUUAAGCGGGCGAUAGACAUGUGAAUGCGUCGGCUGCAGAAAUGACACGUGAUUUCUACUGCUAAUUAAUUAACUAGUUAUAACAUGCUAUGUAUUAUAAUUUCAACGGUUCCAUUGGAUUAGCUAGUUAAACAUGUCAAAAGUCCGGAAUGCUCCGUUGUCAACUUUAUUGUUCCAUUUUUGUCGCGAUUUAGUCGCUACAGAGUUUAUGAAAGUUACUAUAGCAUUUCCGUCGUUGUUAACUGUAUGGUCGACUGUCAUCUUGGAAUCAGUCUUAUCAACAUCAAUUUGACUUUGUUCAUCUCGGUUUCUGAAGUUCAACAAACAUUGCCAUUCGUUUGAAACCUAUAGGUAUACAGUGCGGUGGGGAUAGCCUACAUUCACACAUCCAGCGUAAAGAAUAGUAGUGGGAAUUGCUUUAGAGAUACUUGUUGCAUCUAGAGUCCGUCAGCGAGAUUUUACAAUUUUUUUCCUUGCUCUGGAAAUGUGACAUGGAAUACCGGUAAAUUGGAUACAUUUUUAAAACCAGACGUUACUGUAGCAUGUUUAUAUUGGGUUGGUCACAUAAUUAAUUAUCAACAUUGUUGCAAAAGGUUUUUUGAAAUAUUGCCAGUGGUGGAAUAUUACAAGAGCCGGUGUUUUGGAAGUGUCCGGACUGAACCGACUGACAACUUCAACCUGCACGUUGAAAAUGAGAACUGGGCUACUGUUUAUCUCCUGUAAGGACUGGAGCUCGUGUUGUAUGUGAAGAGUGAAACCAAUAACUUUUUCAACUGGAACAAACUUUUAAAGCGGGGUAAGAAUUAACCAGAAAUCCACAAAGACAACAUGGCAGUCAGUGAGCCUUAAAACGUUGGAUUUAACCCUGUUUUUCGAAUAGUUUUCACGGGUUUGUACAUUUUAGAACCCACAAAGAGGAGGACCGUUGCUGGGCCAUAUAUUUAUUGUCCUGAAUCAACUCCGGUUGUUGCCAGCUUUGAAGUCCACGAUGUGCGGCCGGAGCCCGCCGCUGCAGCCGAUCCAAUGACCGUUCCCCAGCGGCGAUUGGCCGGGCUCUGGCCGUGGCUGCUCAUAGCGGCCCUGCAGGUGGUGUUCGGCCAGACUGGCCUGGAGCUGGCGGCGGCCGUAGAAACGGAGCGCUCGGCCCCCAGGGCUGUCAUCAAGGUGACACUGCUGAGACACGAGCCCACGGGGAAGCCCAUCACUCUGGAAGGGCUGUUUGUCGGAGGGAGCGCCGGCUCUGCAGAGGGGAAGCUCAUGCAGUCUCACCCUCUGUCCCUGUGCAACACCAGUGAAGAUGAGCGCCAGGAGUCUGACUUCAUCAGCAUCGUCAAGCUGGAGAGCCCGGAGCGCAAGGUGCCUCAAUGUCUGCCUCUGCUCAAGAAGGCUCGCCUGGCACUGGAGAGAGGUGCUCAGGCUGUCAUCUUCGAUGUCACCGACGACAAUGAUGCUGCUCUCGAGCUGCAUGAGUCUGACUCCCUGCCGCUUCCGGUGGUGCUGGUGAAGGCUGAGGAUGCUGAGGAGCUGAUGGGACUGGUUAACAAGAACGAGGAAGCUAGAGUCCGCAUCGACAUCAAAAAAGAGGACCCAAAAUGGCCCCACUAUGAUGUUGGUAUCUUGCUUACUAUAGUCCUGGCUAUUCUGGCCAUCGUUUUGAUCUUUGCCUUCCGGUACCGAUGCAAGUCCAACAGAACCUGGGACUCAGUCCAUCAGCAGACCAUGCGAGCCAUCAGUCGUCUGGAGACGCGAAUGUACAGCUCUCAGGGCUGCGGGGGCUCACAGCGCCAUCGUGGGGGCUGGGGGUCUAAUAGCAGCUCCAACUCCAGCCCCGUCUGUGCCAUCUGUCUGGAGGAGUUCCUGGAUGGACAGGACCUGAGGAUCAUCUCGUGUGCUCAUGAGUUCCAUAAGGAGUGUGUGGACCCCUGGUUGCUGCAGCACCGCACCUGUCCUCUCUGCAUGCACAACAUCAUGGGUACAGAGCUGUCACGUCAGCCCCAGAGGAGCAGGCUGCAGCAGACCCCCGAGCACAGCCAGGGUUUCCUGCACCCCCACCCCUACCCACACGCCUUCCCCCAGCAUCCCAUCCCCUUCUCCAUGAGGGCUCACUACCCCCGUGGCCCCUCUGGCCCCUACCCCUCCCUGAGCCACUACAGCAGCUCCCCACCCCUGGACCCCCAGACCCUCCGCUUCCUCCCUAGCUGGCCUCUUGGCUCCGGCUGUGGAUACAUCCACCCUACAGAGGGCCCCGGGAGGCCUCACAAGGCCGGGAGCAGCUGCAGGACGGCAGGUCACCCUCUGGGGUCCCACUACGGCCCCGGGUCCCACCGCUCCUGCCACGCCUACCGCUCCGGCUGCCCUGCCCAGCGCAGCAACUCCAGUUCCAGGCUCCACCACACCCCCUCCUUUGCUCCCCACAUCUCCGAAGGGGGAGCCCAUAGCCGGGGGGCCGAGGGAGGCAGCUGCUCUGGGGGGAGCUACCGGACGGAGCGCAGUGGCUACCUGGCAGACGGGCCGGCCAGUGACUCCAGCUCUGGCCCCUGUCACGGUUCAUCCAGUGACUCGGUGCUCAACUGUACCGACGUGUCCCUGCAGGGUGUGUAUGGUAGCUGGUCCACGUUCCGCAGCUCCCUUAGCAGUGACUAUGAUCCGUUUGUGUACUACGGGCCGGGUUUGGGACGGACAGGCCGUGGGGACAGCAUGGAGGCAGGGGCCCAGAGACCAAGGUCCCUGGACUCAGUGAUGAACAGAGACAGAGGACGAGGGAGCCCUGAGGAGCAGCCGCAGGCUGUGUUUAGCCACGUCCACUACCACCGCCACAGACACCACCACUACGGAGAGGACGGGGAGCGGGAGCACGCCCAGGGACAGGGGCCAGGCAGGGGGUCAGACGAGGAGCAGGGGGCUGCUGUUGCUAUUGGCUCUGGUACUGGUUCUCCCCCGGCUCUGGACAAGGACUUCCCAGUGUGCCCUCUGAAGCACAGCCCCUGUCAGUGCCCUAAGGCAGAACACACAGACAGUAGGGAGGUCCACGGCCACGGGAUAGAGGACCAUGAGCUUAGCCUCUGCCCCCCGUCAGGCCCCCCUCCUGCCCUGGUAGCACCAGCACCCUUAGCAGCCCCAGCCCCCUGCUGCCACCAGGACCACGGCCGUGGAGGCCACCCCCACCGGAGGACAGACCGGCUCGGCGGCUGCGUCCUCGACGGCCCCUCGGUGCUCUUCCACCAGAGCCUGGAACUGCAGGAUGACUGUAGCAUCCACAUUCACUACGGCCAGGGCCCCAGCUACUGCUGCCCCCCGCCUGACCUGCCCAUGCCUGUGCCUUUCAUUCUGGACUCUGGGGGUAUGGGGGCCCUAGGGGGCCUAGAGGACUGGCCCUGCUGUGGAGGGCCCCACCAUGUAGUGUGGCAGAAGCGGGUGCAGCAGGCCCACUCUGAGCCCCAGUUGCUGGGGCCAGGGCUGGGGGGCCCUAUGGACAGACCCCCGCCCCCAUGCAGCAGGCGUCACCACGGUCACCACAGCCCAGCGCACGACCGCAACACAGACUUUUGUUUAUACUGCCAAACAUUACACAACAAUCAGGGAUCAGAGGAGGAGUCCGGUGUGUGAUAACUAACUAACUCGAGAGGUGCAUCCCCAAACUCACGCUGCUACGUACACAGGAGCCGGAAUGGACAAACACGUCAUCGGCGGCCAUCUUUCUCAAGUCUUCAAAAUAAUUCCACAUGAAAUACCUGCAUUCAAACUAUACUUCCCAGAAUCCCCCAGUCAGUGCUGAGUUACAUCUGUCAACAGAGAUCAAAAUUAGUUAGAUUAUGAUUAUUUUGAACAUUUGUUUCUUUUGACCAUCAAAUCAAUGAAAACACAAGUCAAGAAGAGACCUGAAAUUGCUCAUAUUCGUUGUUGAAUUCAAGUAUGUCAAUGUGUUUGAUUUAGACUUUUCUUGUCGCUAAGUGGUGUACUUGUUUAAAGUUGGAGACUGACUGGGAGAUGCUGGGAAAACAACUCCUCCAUCACAAAGGGGAAAUUUGUUUUAUUCUCUUCUGCCUUGUUGUUUUGUUUUGUAAAUUACACGAAGAAUUAAAUACCGACAUGAUAUUACAAGUUCCCAGUUUGCCUUAGUGACCGCUAGGAAUUCUCACUGCUCAGGACUUGAGCCUUGAUUCACAGUACGAAACUCCCCUACUGUUUCUCUCAGUAGAAAUCACAUGGACAAAUUGGAUAUGUAAUUCCUUGAGUGGUUAAGCACUUAAUCGAUUAUAUUAUGAGGUACUACUCAGUAAUACUUUAUUUUCCCUCAUUACCCCCAUAGAUGCUCAGUUGGAGGUUUCUUGCUCUUUCCAGCCUGCCUCAAAUCAGAUUCAGAAAUGUGUUCCAGUGGCGUAGGUAUCGCAAAGAUACUCAGAGCUACAGAAAAGAGCCUAGAAGCUUCUCUCUGGGCAACCUGCCCCAUUGGGGGAAAACAGUUAUUUUCUUAGCCGGCCUUACAAGCAGUGUGCAUCCUGAGAGGUCACUAGAGGCUAGCAUGGGGACUUGUGUUGGUUAAUUCAAUAAUGGCAGCUGCUUCCAUCACAUUUUGUUUGCUUUGUGUUUCGGUAAAAAAAUGUAGUCUGUAAUUUUGAACCAGAUUCACUGAAAUGUGUUAUUAUUACAAGCUAUUUUAGUUUUGCUCAUGUCAUUUCUCAUGUUGCCAGUGGUUACUUAUUAUGUUUGAUCUGAGUGCUGAUUUUGUGGCCAGUGAAGGAGGGAGGGGUCCACCAGACAGACCUGGGUUCAAACUGUAUUUGACAUCUUUCAAAUACUGUAGCUGUGCUUGAAUAAGCUUGCCUGGCUCAAUGGGACAAAUUUAAUCAUCCCAAAAGUGCAAACCCCACCCAUCUGGCAUGUACUCUAAAAUAUGCAAAUGCUCCAAGUAUGUGAAGAAUUUCAAAUACUAUUUGAACCCUGGUAGGUCUGCCUCCAGAAACUCACACAGUGUGAGUGAAACUUCGCUCAGCUCAGGAAGGACAUCCGCCAUGUCUCCUGCUCUUCACCCCUGACCUCUAACCACAUGUCCUAGUACAUGACCCAAUCAAUCUCUCCCUUCCAUUUCCCAAAUACCAGCAGCUAAAGCUCAGCAAGGGUGCUCUUAUCUUGGAACAUCACAGCAAAAUAUUGUAUACAGUGAGUGCAUUCGGAAAGUAUUCAGACCCCUUGACUUUUUUUGUUUUUGUUACGUUACAGCCUUAUUCUAAAAUUGAUUAAAUAACAAUUGUUCCUCAUCAAUCUACACAUAAUACCCCAUAAUGACAAAGCAAACACAGGUGUUUAGAAAUGUUUGCAAAUAUAUUAAAAAUAAAACAGAAAUACCUAAUUUACAUAAGUAUUCAGACCCUUUGCUAUGAGACUGGGGGAUCGUGAGUGGCACAGCGGUCUAAGGCACUGCAUUUCAGUGCUUGAGGAGUCACAACAGACACCCUGGUUUGAAUUCAGGGUGUAUCACAACCGGCCGUGAUUGGGAGCACAAUUGGCCCAGCGUCGUCCGGGUAUGUCCAGUGUAGGACGUCAUUGUAAAAUUAGAAUUUGUUCUUAACUGACUUGCCUAGUUAAAUAAAGGUUAAAUAAACAUUUUAAAAAUACUCAAAAUUGAGCUCAGGUGCAUCCUGUUUCCAUUGAUCAUCCUUGACGUGUUUCUCCAACCUGAAUAUAGUCCACCUGGGGUCAAUUCAAUUGAUUGGACAUUAUUUGGAAAGGCACACACCUGUCUAUAUUAGGUCCCACAAUUGACAGUGCAUGUCAGAGCAAAAAAACAGGCCAUGAAGUCGAAGGGAUUGUCUGUAGACAGGAUUGUGUCGAGGCACAGAUCUGGGGAAGGCUACCAAAAAAGGUCUGCAGCAUUGAAGGCAUCCAAGAACACAGUGGCCUCCAUCAUUCUUAAAUGGAAGAAGUUUAGGACAACUAAGGCUCUUCCUAAUGCUGGCCAAACUGAGCAAUUGGGGAAGAAGGACCUUGGUGAGGGAGGUGACCAAGAACCCGAUGGUCACUCUGACAGAGCUCCAGAGUUCCUGCAGCACUCCACCAAUCAGACCUUUAUGGUAGAGUGGUCAGACGGAAGCCACUCCUCAAUAAAAGACACAACAACCCGCUUGGAGUUGCCAAAAGGCACCUAAAGGAUUCUCAGACCAUGAGAAACAAGUUUCUCUGGUCUGAUCAAAUCAAGAUUGAACUCUUUGUCCUGAAUGCCAGGCGUCCCGCCUGGAGGAAACCUGGCACCAUCCCUAGGGUGAAUCAUGGUGGUGGCAGCAUCAUGCUGUGGGACGUUUUUCAGCGGCAGGGACUGGGAGACUACUCAGUAGUCGGAGCAAAGUACAGAGAGAUCCUUGAUGAAAACCUGCUCCUGAGUGCUAAGGACCUCAAACUCCCCAAAUACAGGUGUGCCAAGCUUGUCGCGUCACACCCAAGAAGACUCGAGGUGUCACACCCUGAUCUGUUUCACCUGCCUUGUGGUUGUCUCCACCCCCCACCUGGUGUCUCUUGUUUGUCCCCAUUAUCUCCUGUGUAUUUAUACCUGCGUUUUCUGUUUGUCUGUGGCCAGUUUGUACUACCAGGGCUCAGGCUAAGACCCAGAUGCAGACACAGGAUACAUAUAGUGCGAGUCUCAGAGUUUAUUAUAGUACAAGGGGCAAGCAAAAUGGAAGUCAAGGCAGGCAAAGGGUCGUAAUCCAAAAAGUCAAGGGGUCUGAAUACUAUCCGUAUGCACUGUACAUAAUUACUAUGUAACUGGAGGAAAGUCAUGAUAAUUCAUAAUUCAUUCAACUUUGGGAACAUACAUUAUUCACUACCCUUUAAAAAAUAAUAUUGAUUCAACGUACAAUUAUAAGGCAACCAGCUUCAAUAGGAUUGUGAGUUUGCUCAACCAAAAUUGUAUAGAGCAAACUCAAUACAAAAAUUUGGUUGGAAUUUUAUGGAGAAAACUCACAAUCAUAUCGCUGCUGGUAUCCUUACAAUUGUACGUUGAAUCAGCAUAUAUAUUUUUUUCCCCACAGUGUACCAAACAUUGACUUAACAAAGCUGUGGCCUUUUAUGAACUUAAGUUAACUUAAAUGGAAGCCUGGUGAAACAUCCUAGAAAGAAACCCUGGGAGAAAGAAAAGUCUUGAAAUGUGUGUAGAUAUAUCCCCCAAUAUUUUUUAUUUCUUAGUGAAAAUAUGAAAGGAGACUGCAUUAAGACAGACAGUAAAUAUGGAGCAUUAGUAUUUAAUGGAAUAAACCUAUUGAUCCCCAGACUAUUUUUGAAAGAGCUGGAAGCACUUAAAAAACCUUGUCUGAUCUAGUAACACUGAAUUUGUAAUUGAGAUAAGUCUGUCUAUGCUAUUUACUUCAAUUGUGCCUUCUGGAUUCACUUUUCAAAGGGGUUAGGUGUGGGAUCUGCAUUCACUACUUCCUGUCAAUGGGUUGAAGUUUAUUAUGAUAUAAGAUCAGCAAAUUACCUAAUACAUUAAAGCUCUUGUUAUUUUACCAAAGAAACACAGUUUUGAAUGCAAUCAACCUGUGCCUUUUAUUCCUCCUCCAUCAAACUUAAACCCAAGUAAAUGUGUUUUACCUAACAAGAGAAAUCUGAAAAUGGAAUCGUAUGCAGUCAAACAGUGGAAAAUCAUGGAUUUACAGCCCUAUAUAUAUCGAUACCUCGUUUCUAAUGUUUUUUGGAGACAGCUUCUCUUGCUAAUACUCCAGGUUGUGUUUCUGUUAUAUAUAUUUGUGUAGAGAACAGUCCUAUAUAGCCUGGUUAAACCAGACUGAACACUGCACUCACCAUUUUUUCCCUUGAAACAACAGUGAAACAUUGCGAAACCUGUGUGGAUUCCAGGCUACAGUUCCCUAGCCUUAGCUGAAAUGACACAACCAACCAGCACUGGAAUCCACAACCAACCAAUAUUUUUCAGUCAAAACUGAAAGCAAGGCAAAUCAAGGCACUAUAACUAUGCCAACGACCAGAACAAGGAAAUAUAAAACUGAAAUUAAUCAAACAUCUCUGAAAUGUUUGGGGCGAUUUUAUUAUCCUCUUUAGGGUUGUUUUUUGUUUGUGUUCAUUGUUUUGUUUUUUAACGCAUAAUGAGCUGAAACUGCCUUUUUUCUAAUAGAGCACAAUCCCGAUAGAAAUUGAAGGGAUCUGUCAGUAUAUUUUGGAUACUUUGUGUACAAAAAGAGAAAUACAAAAACAGAAAUGAAAUAAAGUGUUGUAUUUUAUAUAUAAUAGAACAUUUCAAUAUGGUGAUAUGUCACUAAUAUAUUUAUUUACUAAUAUAUUUAUCCAUUUUUGUCCAGAUCCUGAAAAAGAAUGCAUGGUUUCUGUAUAGAAACGAUAUCUAUAUGAAACUAAGUGCCAUCACAGAUGUAUCAACGUGGCUUCAUUCCAAUUAUAUGCAAAUAAAUUAUUUUG